CUUUUUUUCUAAGGUUUGCUCUCUUUCGAGUAUUUCUGAAAUUACAGCAGCACUUGACUGCGUUUUCAAUGGCAUCUUUUGUUUUACAGCACAUUUCCAACGAGCGGUCUACAGUUGCAGAAACAUUUUAUCGGGCGCCCCCUGUUUAAAACCAGUCCUGCCUGUGCUGAUCACUUUAAACUGGUCAGCCCCACACCCUUUAGAAAAAUCGAUUAUGAAAACACUCGGUACACCAUAAUCUGGGCAAAACGUACUACAAAGUAGAAUGCUUUAAAUUCGUAAUUUAAAGUGUUCUAUGGCUUAGGAUACUUUUAGAGUCACUCUCUGAAAUAUGUAGGCUACUUUUCGCUCCACACAAGUUCUACUUUACCGUUUUUCAGUGCUUCAUCUAGGCUGCUCACUAUACGUUGUAAUGAUAACCACAUGCCAUCUUUUGUUCUACUACCGAUCGUUUAUAUGUAUGGCUAUUCAGUGUAUUCCCACGGGAACUAUUAAAUAAGAAGGGAUCCUGUCAGUCAGUGUCGACGUGUAUGGUCAGUCCACUGUCGAACGCUGUAGUUUGCAUAUGAGUUAACUUAUCAUUGGUUGCAGGAGUUCACAGUUUAAUAUCUUAAUCAUACGAUAAACUCCUUACACUUAUCUCUUUGGCGUCUCUCUCUCUUUCUGUCUCUCUCUUCACCCUCCCUCUCUCUCGUUCUGCCGCUAUGCUAUGCUGUUACCGGUGAAUGGUAAUCCCCUGCCGUCCAUGGUUUACUCCAAGCCCGUGUUUAAUUCCCUUAAACCCCCAACUGCCGCUCUGGUUACACACUGAACACGACAGACUGUGAACCGCUCUUGGUUAUUAAUAAUUCACAAGCUAUUGCACGUCUCCGACCGUCAUCCACGGCCACGACUCGACUCACCGUUGGACCGGGUCUCACCUUUUUUGGCAGCUACUCUGUUUCUUAUUACAAUUAUUUCAUAGAAUUUAGACGUGCGCGGCUCAGCACUAGCGCGUCAUUGUCGUUCGCUUGGCAUCAAAGUGCAUUUCUUUAAUGCGUCGUGAGCUGUGAUUUCGCAAUAUCCACUGCGCCCAAAAUGACCGUCCUCUCUAUAAUUUCGUCUGUACAGUGAGAGCAGGAGGUCCCGCGAUUCAAAGAGAGAUCCACGGUGAAGAGUUCCCGGUGAAAAGGAUGGAGACCGAGCGCCGAUACGGCUGAAGUCUCCGGGAGACUGAGUUCGCGACAGCUGAUUUGAAACAACGUAAGCAGAAACUUCUCGCUGACUGUGGCGAAUGGCAGGAUCUCGCCGCUGUCGCUGACUACACGUUGUGGCCGCGAACGACUUACCGCGCGGGGUAAUUUGGAGGGCGGAAGGGACGAUAUCUGUCACCCCUUGCUGCACCCAGCACUCCCUCAAAGUCCCGGUGCCGCAGCUCACAAUUUGAGCAAAGUAACGCUUACCGACAGAGGACAGAAACACAGCGCAUGCAACUGAAAAACUAGCUUGGAUAAUUCCCUUCUUACGGAGUUCGCAUACUGUAUAAAGUGAUAUUUUAGCAAAAAUGUUCGGAGGCCCUAAGAGCGUGCAGCAAUAAGGUUCUUUUGCUUUCGGUGUCACCGAAGAAACCAAGUCAUUUGCGCUCCCUCUCACACACUUUUUUUUUUUUUUUUUUUUUUUACUUUUUUUCUGAAGGAGGAAAAAUGGGUCUUUGAGGCUGUUGGCAGUAAUCCCCACUCCACAAUGGCCACCGAAACCUUUCUGGUGAAUGAAGACCCAUCCAGAGGUCCUGGGAUGCCAGAAUGCUUUGUAGUGUCUGAUUCCUACAGGGAUGAGUUCCACCCGUUCAUCGAGGCGCUGCUCCCGCACGUGCGUGCCUUCUCCUAUACCUGGUUCAACCUGCAGGCCCGCAAGCGCAAGUACUUCAAGAAGCACGAGAAGCGUAUGUCCAAGGAUGAGGAGCGCGCCGUGAAGGACGAACUGCUGGGCGAGAAGCCCGAGAUCAAGCAGAAGUGGGCGUCGCGCCUGCUGGCCAAGCUGCGCAAGGACAUCCGGCCCGAGUUCCGUGAGGACUUCGUGCUCACCAUCACGGGGAAGAAGGCGCCAUGCUGCGUGCUGUCCAACCCUGACCAGAAGGGCAAGAUCCGUCGCAUUGACUGUCUGCGGCAGGCGGACAAGGUGUGGCGGCUGGACCUGGUGAUGGUGAUCCUGUUCAAGGGCAGCCCGCUGGAGAGCACAGAUGGCGAGCGGCUUGUCAAGUCGCCGCAGUGCACCAACCACGGCCUCUGUGUGCAGCCGCACCACAUCGGCGUCUCCGUCAAGGAGCUGGACCUCUACCUGGCCUACUUCGUUCACUCGCCAGAACAAUCCGGACAAUCAGACAACUCCAACCAGCAAGGAGACGCCGAUGUCAAGCCGCCGCCCAAUGGGCACUUGAGUUUCCAGGACUGCUUUGUGACUUCAGGAGUGUGGAACGUGGCUGAGCUGGUCCGCGUGUCCCAGACUCCGGUUGCCACGGCUACAGGUCCCAACUUCUCCCUGGCAGACUUGGACAGUCCAGGAUAUUACAACAUCAACCUGGGUCGCCGUUCCAUCACAUCGACCCCGUCGACCAGCUCAAACAAGCGCAAGUCUAUUGAUGACAGCGAGAUGGAGAGCCCAGUGGACGACGUCUUCUAUUCGGGCCGUUCGCCUGCGCCAGGUGGCUCCCAGCCCAGCGGCUGGCCCAAUGACGUGGACGCAGUGCAGCACCAUUUGGCCAGUAUGCAGGAGAGGAAGAUUAAACAUGAGAGCGAUGGCGUGCAGUUUCCUUACCAUGGACUCUCGUCGCCUGGUUCUCUUAAGAAGGCGGGGAAAUUCGAUUUCAGCGCUCUGUCCGGCCAGACGAGAUCUGCUCGCAUGCCGUUCACCCACCACCCACUGCCCAUGCUGGCAGGAGUGAGACCAGGGAGCCCCCGUGCCUCUGCCUCCUCUCUGCACUUCCCCUCUCCCUCCAUCAUCCAGCAGUCCAGCCCCUACUUCACCCACCCCACCAUCCGCUACCACCACCACCCCGGGCAGGACCCGCUCAAGGAGUUUGUGCAGUUCGUGUGUGCCGACGGAUCGGGCCAGGCUGGCGGCCAGCCUAACGGGAGUGGCCAGAGCAAAAUGCCCGGCUCCUUCUUACUGCCUCCGCCCCCCCCUGUGGCGCGUCCAGUGCCCCUCCCAAUGCCCGACUCUAAACCCAGCAGCACGCCCCUCGAUGGCGGACUCACCUCGCCCGCAUCUCCGUCAUACUCCACGCCAGGCUCCACAGCUCCCAACAGGUUUGUCAGCAUCGGAUCACGGGACAACAACUUUCUAAACAUCCCCCAGCAGACACAGUCUUGGUUCCUCUGACAAAACCUGCCUGCCAACAAGCAUUUAAAAUCCCAUCACUACAAUCUGGAAUCUUAAAACAGGAAAAAAAAAAAAAAAGAAAGCAUACCUGAAAAUGCACUCCAACCCUCUUGUCCCAACAGAGCAACAAAGGAAACCAGGAAGUCUUGGCAUGAUAUUGUUUGGAAUUUUACAGUUUUGUGUAGUCAGCCUUCACAACAAUGAGCCCCUCCCUCCAUUUUGAACAAAAACAAGAGGAUCACAUGACAAGGUGAAGGAGGACAUGGAGUCAACUCUCAAAAACCAUGGAAACAACAUCAGCAAAAAAGAAAAAAAAACAAAAACAAAAAAAACAAAACAAAA